AUGUCACGAGAUACGCAUCAAGCGAAUGCGGAACCCGUGAGCACGAACCUGUCCGAUCCGGUCGCGCGACUGCGAGAGGAGACGAAUGCUGCAUUGGCUGAUAUUGUGAGUGGUCGAGCGCAAGCGGACCUAUCGUCUCCGUUGUCGUUCUUACGUGAGACAGACAGUGCGCUGUGGGAUGAUGCGACUGCGUCUGGUGGAGUUGGUGUGACGGGGAGCGGAGAAGAUGAGGUGUCCGUGCUCAGUCCGGCUCGCCGUCGUCGUCGUGGUCGCGGUCGUGGUCGUGUUUGUGUGCGUGUAUGUGUGGGUCCUGCAUGUUUCAUGCGAUGUCGACAUGUUUGA